GAUGGAUGGAUGAGUUAUGAGGUGCUUUGCUAGAUUUAUUGUAGAGUGAGCUAUGAAAUGCUAAAAACAGAGGUAAUGUUGCAAUCUUUCUUCAAGAUGAUAAGCUGCCAGAAAAGGGAAAGAUGAGAGAUGAAGAUUGAUGAUAAUAAUGAGGCUAGAAAAAAGAUUGUUUAGCUGAGAUUAUAAAAAGGACAAAGAUGGGUCUGAGAGAGAAGCCAAGUGGGGAUAAUAAAACAGAAAAAGCUGAGCCUAUGAGUUGCCUUAAGAGGGUGUUAUGAAAGCUGGUGAUAAAUGCGUUUGGAUGCUACAGAAGCAUGUUCAGUUCUUGUUAACUCACAUGGGUCUGCCUUUGAUAUCAUCAUUGAACCAUUGCUUUCAGAAAAAAAAAAAAAAACCAUUUUCUGGUUCUUGAGUUAGUUUUAAUUGGUUAUUCUAUUUGUGUGUGAUUGUAUGGUCUCUUUUUUCUUUUUUAUUUUCUUUAGUUCCUUGCUAACCCCAUUUGUGUAGUGGCAGUUAUAGCAACACUUAACCUUCCUCCCUUUUAAUUAAAUUGCUUAAAUAAAUCAAUUUGUAAUAAGCUUUUGCAAGGGAAAGCACAAAAAACGGGGUGUCUUUUGGUUGGUAAGGAUCUUGAUAUUCAUUAGUGGAGAAAAAACAAACUUAAAUUAAUUAGGGAAUAAAUAAACUAUGAAAUAUGUGUUUGCAAGUGUGUGUAUGAGAGAGAGGGUGGGGUCUGUGUAAUGGUCCUCAAAAUCGGCUUUAUUGCCGUGGGCGCUUGAUGCUAGCAGUGGUGUGAUGGUUGUGUGAAUGUAACUUUCGUUGUAUCACGUGAUUGUGCCUUUCUGUUGCCAUCACUUAGGAUUCUUAAAUUUUGUUAUCAUCUUUUUUCUUUCCCUGUAGAAAGAUGUAGCAGUAGUAACUUUUUAUAGGAGGUAUUAUUGUGGCUAUUUAAAAACACUGUUAAUUUCCAAAAGUUCCUGUCGUUGUAUAUAUAUAUAUACCUUUUUUGUUUCUUAUGGGCUGGUUGUUGUUCAUUAUUUCGUGUUGGAUUGGCCUUCCUAGUUGAUUGAAGUUCAAGAAACAGUGAAGUAUCAACUAGAAAAGUAAGAUCAGCAACUAAAUAUUUCAAGAACUUCAAGGAAUUUAGUGUGAAACAUUGAGGCAUUGGGAUCAUGGAUCUUCGGCAUGGAAAAUGUUGGGAUUCCUCAAAGGAGUCUUGGAAGACACUGUUGGUUUUGGCUUAUCAGAGCCUUGGCGUAGUAUAUGGUGACCUUAGUACUUCCCCUCUCUAUGUUUAUAAGAGCACAUUUGCAGAAGACAUCCGUCAUUCUGAGACCAAUGAAGAGAUUUAUGGAGUUCUAUCAUUUGUUUUCUGGACUCUCACGUUGAUCCCCUUGUUCAAGUAUGUUUUUGUUGUCCUUAGAGCCGAUGAUAAUGGAGAAGGUGGUACUUUUGCAUUGUAUUCUUUGAUAUGCCGGCAUGUGAAAGUUAGCCUUCUGCCGAAUAGACAGGCUGCCGAUGAAGCACUCUCCACUUAUAUAAUGGAGCACCCGCCAGAGAAGAAGAAUUCAAGGGUUAAAACCUACCUUGAGAAGCAUAAGGGACUGCACACUGCUUUGUUGAUCUUGGUUCUUCUUGGUACAUGUAUGGUAAUUGGGGAUGGACUACUAACGCCAGCAAUUUCAGUUUUCUCUGCAGUGUCUGGUCUUGAGUUGUCCAUGUCUAAGGAACAUCAUCAAUAUGCUGUGAUUCCAAUCACUUGCUUCAUCUUGGUGUGUCUUUUUGCACUACAACACUAUGGCACGCAUCGGGUGGGAUUUUUCUUUGCACCAAUUGUUUUGACGUGGUUACUAUGCAUCAGUGCCCUUGGCUUAUAUAACAUAAUCCACUGGAAUCCACAUGUAUAUCAAGCUCUUUCUCCAUAUUACAUGUUCAAGUUCUUGAAGAAAACAAGGGAAGGCGGGUGGAUGUCUUUAGGUGGAAUAUUGUUGUGCAUAACAGGUUCGGAGGCAAUGUUUGCUGAUCUUGGUCAUUUCUCUUACGCUGCAAUUCAGAUUGCUUUCACCUUUCUAGUCUAUCCAGCACUUAUACUGGCGUACAUGGGGCAAGCUGCUUAUCUGUCACAGCAUCAUGAUGACAAUAAUCAUAUUGGCUUUUAUAUCUCUGUUCCAGAAAAAUUGAGAUUUCCGGUGCUGAUAAUAGCUAUACUUGCUUCUGUGGUUGGAAGCCAAGCAAUCAUUAGUGGGACAUUCUCUAUCAUAAAUCAGAGCCAGUCACUUAGCUGCUUCCCAAAAGUGAAGGUUGUUCACACCUCUGAUGAGAUACACGGACAGAUAUAUAUACCUGAGGUCAAUUGGAUGCUGAUGAUCCUUUGCAUUGCUGUGACUAUCGGAUUUAGAGACACAAAACACAUGGGAAAUGCAUCAGGAUUAGCCGUGAUGACAGUGAUGCUAGUUACCACAUGCCUUACUUCCCUGGUCAUCAUUCUUUGUUGGCAAAAGCCCCCUAUUCUAGCACUUGCUUUUCUACUUUUCUUUGGCUCGGUUGAAUUGCUCUACUUCUCAGCUUCACUCACUAAGUUCACAGAGGGUGCCUGGCUACCUAUCCUCUUAGCCCUCAUCCUCAUGACCAUCAUGUUUGUUUGGCAUUAUGCUACUAUUAAAAAAUAUGAAUUUGACCUCCAUAACAAGGUAUCACUAGACUGGCUUUUAGCCUUAGGUCCAAGCUUAGGAAUCGCUAGAGUCCCUGGAAUUGGGUUAGUUUUCACUGAUCUCACCUCUGGCAUCCCAGCUAACUUCUCACGCUUUGUCACUAAUCUCCCUGCCUUUCAUCGUAUACUUGUGUUUGUGUGUGUUAAAUCUGUGCCUGUGCCUUAUGUUCCUCCUGCUGAGAGGUAUCUUGUGGGACGUGUGGGCCCUCCAGCUCAUCGGUCUUACAGAUGCAUUGUCCGUUAUGGAUACCGUGAUGUGCAUCAAGAUGUUGAUUCUUUUGAAUCUGAGCUUGUAGCUAGGCUGGCUGAUUUUAUCGGCUAUGAUUGGCAUCGAAGGAAUGGGGCCAACUCAUUUACUGAGGAUGAUGCAUCUCGAUCAAAUGAAUCAACGAGUGAAUGCAGAUUGGCUGUGAUUGGAACAAUGCCAUUCUCCGGCACACCAGCUUAUGAGAUUGAGGAGAAUGUGCAGCCAGCAAGUGUAUCUGGCGGAUUUUCGACAGUAGAAAGUAUGGCUGAUGUUAUUGAAAUGGAACCUAUUACUGUAGUGGAAAGAAGAGUGAGGUUUGCCAUUGAUGAUGAGUCUGGAACGCAUCCACAAUUUGAAAUGGAUUUGCAGUUAAAAGAAGAGCUAGAAGAUCUAUUUACAGCUCAGCAAGCUGGCACUGCAUUUAUACUCGGGCACUCGCAUGUUAAGGCGAAACAAGGGUCAUCUCUCUUGAAGAGGUUGGCUAUCAAUAUUGGCUAUAAUUUCCUUAGAAAGAACUGUAGGGGGGCGGAUGUGGCUCUAAAAGUGCCACCAGUAUCUCUUCUGGAGGUUGGCAUGGUCUAUGUUGUGUAAGAAUCCCAUGUAAAAUAAUUUUGUAUGCUUGUUCUUAAGUAUAGAUAACACUGAACAGCACCACGAAGGAAAGUGCUUGUGUUAACAAGCAAGGUCUAUAGAGAAAGUUUACUUGAUUGCUGUAGAGAAUCAUGUAAUCUUAAGCAUCUGCAUGAUGAAAUAGAAAAUGAAUGGAAUUACUAGACAGAAACUUAACCCCA